UCCUCCAAUAUGUCAAUUUAAAAGCUGUAUUUUGUUAGUACGACAGUUGUCCAACGGGCAGGCAUCAAAACCCAUGACAUUUCGGAGUUUAUUCCGGCAUCGAGGGGAGGAGUUAUUGAAGCUUGAAAUUCCUUUAUAAAUAAAACUGGCGGAAGCCCGCGACUUAGUCCGCCCUUAGGACUCCCGCACACGGGCCACCAGCCACGACCACAAAACGGCGGCUACACGCUACAAUCGUCGCUGCUCGCUUCUUGCGGCCCGCAUCGGCCACUAAACGCUGACAUUAAACGCUGCCACAAGCCACUCGCGCGAUUCCGCUCCCCUCUCUCCCUUAUCUCAGUAAACCUGUUAAGAGUCGAAAAGUAGCAGCCAUUAAACGCUGUAGCUACUUUUGUGGCUCCUUCUUGCUUCUUGUGGGGGCGUAUGUGGCUGUCGCGUGUGGCCCUUGUGCGGCGACACUUAGACCUUCUUCAGCCGGUGACGUACAAGACGUACGCAGUAGAUCGCAAGGCGUUUGAUUUUGUCUCCUUGAGAGGACGUGGUAUGACAGACUUACACAAGACAGACAACGUUUUUGCUAGUAAAUCGCACAAUUUUUAACAAAGAUAUUUUACCCACGGCUACACAAUCUUUCUAGAAAGUGGCAUACUAGACACAAGCCUGUGUAUCACGCGAUGCCAGCUUACCAGCACCUAGCAUACCAUUUACUGGCGUGUGUAUCACCGGCUUUAAUCUGACUUUUGAAAUCCGUUCCUAAUUAGAAACUAGCUCCAUUCCAAAUAACAACUUUUAGAAUAAGAUCCCAGGGCCCACAGACAUUACUUAUUUUCUGAGUAACGAAAUAGAUGGGAUAAAGUAGUUUAGUAUAUAAUCCAAACGUAACGUAUGCUCACAAGCGUGGAUCGAGGGCCAAUUUACAGGUGCUAAAGGUACGUAAAAACCUUACUCACUUUACUUAUACUCUGAGCGCUGAUUUUUAUAUAUGUUUUAUGGAAUGUGGUUAAUAAUCAACAAUCAACACUGCAAGGCACUUCCCGACGACAGUAUAAUUUCUGCCAGACGCUUUAAAGCUUGCAAAAAGUUAUCUUAACUUUACUUUUAUAUUUAAAUAGGGCUAUAGACGAAGGUGUAUGUCUUUAACAGGUGCCAGUAUGUUAAAAUCACGUUUUGACAUUUCAAAAUCACGAACAGAAGCAGAACCAGAAGAGAUAGAAGAGGAGAACACAGAAGCUAAGGAAGAAGAAGUUAAGGAAGAGGAAGUAAGCGUUGAAGACAAAAUUGUCUAUCCGGAGAGGCGGCUGAAUAGAUCAGAAGUUAGCGUUCGGCUCAGCUUACUUGGAAAAACUGCGGAAGGCGAUGGAUACACGUAUUUAAAAGCAGCAUGCACUGGGAUGAGUCUAACCAACAUAUCGGCGAUCAAAUCAUUUCAACACUUACAGUUUGUGGACGUUUCCGAUAACUGUUUGGAUUUGGAAAAUUUACAAGCAGUGACCGAACUACCGUUUCUUGUGUUGAUACAUGCUGAUAAAAACUUACUAUACUCGGCUGCGCUCAAGAGAAUGAAAUAUAUGCAAGUUAUCAUUAUGAACAACAACUUCUUAACAUCCGUUGAAGACGUUUAUCAACCAGAAUUAAGCACAUUGGAAGUAGGAUAUAAUAAGAUAAAAAAAAUCGAAUUUGCAAAAAAAAUGCCAAACAUAAAGUGUUUAGACUUCAGACACAACUUGGUCCGAGAUAUAGAAAGCAUAGAUUUUCCCAAUUUAGACAGUUUAUACUUAGCCGGGAAUGAGAUUACCUCUCUGGUUGGAAUAGAGAGACUUGUGAACUUGAGAAUUUUACACGUUCGUAAGAAUCCUAUCAAACUAUUGAAUGGUUUCAAUUCUGAGUUGAAAAAGUUGCAGUACAUAAAUUUACGCAACUGUAAGGUUGCUACCCUGAGACAAGUUAAGAAGCUACGGGUUUUGCCUGCUCUGGAAACACUAAUAUUGAAAGGUUGUCCAUACAUGGGUGGCACAGGUGAAGAAAAUCCAGUUGUAGCGGAGGAAGAAGAACCAGCUGAAUUGAGAAUUGAAGUUUUAGCUUCGCUUCCACGGCUAAAGAGACUUAAUAAAGGAGUUGUUACUCCUGAAGAAAGGGCUGAAGCAAAAGAACUUUUAAAGCAAUGGAUCGAGGAAGGCGAGAAUGAUGAAGAGGAAAUGGUAGAAGAGAAGGAAGACGGCUCUAUUAUAGACUGAUUGGGUGAUGUUUUGAUGUUAUGAUGAAAUGUUUUAUUUUCUUGGUUCUCAUUUUAAGUUAAUUUAGAAGAGAAACUCCUCAAAAAUAUAUUUCAGUAAGGUUUAUUAUAAUUAAUUUGUGACUGUUAUAAUAUCAACCUAGGUUCUGUUUUUUAAUAUAAAUAAGAAUACCAUUUAAAAAAUAAACAAAUACUUUUAAUAUCAAAAGUAGCUUUAUUUGUAUUAUUGAUGACUUAAAGCAGCUUUAAAAAUUCUUGUUAUAUAAUUAAAAACAUACCAAAUAACAGCAAGCCUCUACAGGAUAAAAAUAACAAAAUGGAGAUAAAAUAUUAGCAUAAAGGCAAUUUUGUCACAGAAAAAUCUAUGUUUCCUGAAGGGCUUUGAGAUGCGGGUGUCCACUACUAAGUAUUAAAUAUAUAAAAAUACAAACAUUUGGACAAGGAUCUGUUGAACAAGAGUUCUUUACAAAUCAUUCUUCAUUAUAAUAUUACUUUAUGCUCUA